AUGAAUCUGUCUACAAGCAACAUAUUCGAGAAAUUCGACAAGAACAAAGACGGUAAGAUCUCAUUGGAAGAGUUUCGUGAGGCGUUUCAUGCUCUAUCUCCGACCAUCCCCUCAGAAAAAUUUGUCGAUAUGUUCAACCAGCUUGACACGAACGGUGAUGGUCAGGUCGAUGUGGCUGAGUUCGCUUCGUGCAUGGACCAAACCGCUCGGUCGUGGAGAAGGAGUUGA